UACUUCGGACGAAGCGCCUGCCAGAGCCAGUCUGCAGUUUGUUUCCAAAGCAGCCGCGGUUCGGUUCGUUGCUCGCGUGCGCUCCUCAAAAGGAUAGUUGAUCCCGUUUUGUGGAUUGUUGAUCGGUAUCGCUUAUAGAAGAAUAAAUCUUAACCGUCCAAAGUCUUCGCCACUGUUGGGAAUUUACCGUGAGCUGUGCAAAGGUCUUUGUUGUGUUUUCUAAGGCUGUGUGGUUCCAUUGGUGCGGUUGAUCCCACUUUGAAGUCGAUACUUUUUAUGCGCUCGUGGGUGGUAGUUAAGGCAGACCGUGAACCUGCCUUCAACGUGACUCAGAGGGAACAUAAAGUAUUCAGAAGACAUCAGAAAGAAGAGAAAAAAACACCAACCGAAAAGAAAAAUUAUAGUAAAUUUGUAUAAUUUUCGUUCUGUACAUACGACUUGGGAGAGCUAUCGCCACGUUUGGGUGAAAUGUGUGAUUCGGUUUGCUGUUUAUAAAUAUUUUGAACGCCUUCCAAUUCGUCUUCGGGUUGGCUAUCCCAGCUGGAUCGUCGAUUUGUUUAAAAACGUUGCUGCCGACAAAAAUUGCCCGAGAAGUAGUGUGAAUGAUUGUUUUUUUUCUUGGCCAGAUCGAGAGGCGGUCACUUCAUUGAAGUGCGUGUGAGCAGAUAAUGGAAGUAAUUUAUUAACGAUUGAUCCGAGUGUAGGAAAUAAACUGAACCAGCUUCAAGUGUUCCAGUGAUUCGCGCACAUCGAAACUUAUGAUCUGGCUCGUACGGAUUUGCUAAACCUCACAUAAACUGCUACGAAUCGUCAAUUAGUUGCGACAUUCAUCUAGAACCGCUUUACCACCAUGCUGAACCGGUUUUUAAUGUGCAAAGAAAAGCCGUCCAAAUCGGAGAGCAUUUCUUCGACUACAAGUGCGGUGAUACAGGAUGCGGCUAAAGACAACCGGAAGUUGAUUCUGGACAGCGGUCGGUGGGAGCGACGAUUACAAAAAGAACUGAUGUCCCUCAUAAAAGAACCCCCGCCAGGAGUCACGGUAGACGAAGAAAGUGUUAGUCAAAAUUUAACCCAAUGGAUAAUAAAUAUCGAUGGCGUAGAUGGCACACUGUACGAAGGAGAACAUUUUAAACUAUUAUUUAAAUUUAACAAUAAGUAUCCCUUUGAUUCGCCAGAGGUGACGUUCAUAGGUUCUAAUAUUCCAGUGCACCCGCACGUGUACUCGAACGGUCACAUCUGCCUUUCAAUCCUGACAGACGACUGGUCUCCCGCGUUAUCAGUACAAUCAGUGUGCCUGAGUAUAUCGUCGAUGUUGAGCAGUUGUCGGGAAAAAAGACGUCCGCCGGACAACGGCAUCUAUGUUAAAACGUGCAAUAAAAAUCCGAAGAAAACCAAAUGGUGGUACCACGACGAUUCUGUGUAGAGUGCAGCUACGAAGUAAAUCUUAUUUCGACUGGGACAAACUAGUCGUCCAGUAGUAACAGCACUAGCGAGCGUACAGCGAACAUGUGCAAGCGGAGCUUCCAAUCCGCGAACAGCAGCAGAAGCAGCAGCAAAAAAAAAACUAUGCAUAGAUAAGUUAAUCCUAGAUUAAUUCAAUUCAAGUAGGUCUAUGAAAAUAUAGCUAUGGAAGCUUUCAACAUCCAAUACAGGCAAAACAAUCGAAGUGUGAGCGAACCAUGGCCACCCAGAAUGGAAAUGAAAGCAACACAAUAUAUAAACUUUCGUCCCACAAUGAAUGCAAAUUAACUAAGUCAAGUUAAAAUUAGUAUAGAUAGAUUGCUGAACAUUUUCGCUCACUAUUCAUGCUUAAACUCAAAUUAAUGCAUCACUUGUCUAUCAAUUCAGUGCUCCUGUUUGGCAAAAGAAAACAAAACUUUGGUGUAAAAUAACUCCUAUGGAAAGAAACGAAUAAUAGUCAUCUUAUUUUGUUUUUUUUUUUAAGUUUAGGUGUUUCCAUGGACGAAACAAAAAUUUAUUUAUUUUUUCCUAAUAUGAAUUGAAAUCGCGGAAAUCAUUAUUUUGUUACCAAAACCCAUUUUCUAAGUACCUCAAAAACUCAAAUACACUGUUUCGAGCGGAAGAAUAAUAAGAGUAGGGAUACUGGCAAAAUAAACACAUUCCUUUUAAAAAAAUGAUUACUUGCUGACAGGGUGAAAAUUGUAAAAAGCUAAUGUAAAUUGUUGGGUUACGAUAGACGGAGCGUGGUGGAAGACCGACAAAAAAAUAAACAAAACAGUCCAAAAUGUGUUCUUGGCCGAAGAAUAGAGUAACAGAAGAAAAAAAUUGUUGGGAUAACUAGCUUACAUUGUUGGUAUAUAGUCUCUAAACAGAAGUUAAACGUGUUUCAUCUAUGAACUCUGUAUACAUAAAUAUGUCGCAAAACAGAAUUAUCCUAUUCUCAAUCUCCUAAUGUGAGCAGUUCGCUGAGUGAACUUUAUAUUGAGCGCGACAACUCCAAACAAAGAAUUGUAACGAUUAAAAAAAAUGCAGCAGAGGAGAUUGUUAUAUUACAAAAAGAAAUUAACUGUGAGUAGUUAUGCUGGAAAAAGAGAUAAAAAUAUACUUUAUAAGGAAACAGAAAACUUACGAUGCAAAUAUUUAGCACUGUAGGUACGCAACAAAGUAGAACAAUUCGAGCAAACAUCUUUAAUUAUGUAAUUAAUUUUUAUUAAGGAAAAUCAGUAAAGAGAGUUUCGAAUACAAAACGUUGGAAAUUGA